AUGUCGAUGCAAUCCUCGGUGGAAAUAUGGAAAGCUCUUGAAGAGAAAUACAACACUGAGCAAAAAGGUACUAAUAAAUUUUUAAUGAUGAAGUAUUUUGAAUUCAAAGUGCUCGAUAGAAUCCCAAUCAUGGAUCAAGUCCAUGAAUUACAAGUCCUUGUAAGUAGGCUUUGUGACUUGAAAGUUGUUAUUCUGGAAUUGUUACAAGUCGGGGCUAUUAUCUCAAAGUUUCCCUCAUCUUGGAACAAUUAUUCGAAGAAACUUCUACAUAUGGCAGAGGACUUCACUGUAGAGAAAAUACUUAGGAAUUUGCGUAUUGAAGAGAAAACUCGAAAGUGUGAUGCGAUACUUCUCAAAAAGAAACAAGAUGCCACAACUUCCAAAGCCAAUGUGGUAGAAGACAUGGACUUAGUGGUCAUGGUUACAGAAGGGAUCGAGAGUUUAGAUAUUGGUAUGAUUACUAAACUUAACAUAGCCAUGACUGAUAAGUCCUAUAACUGGUGGCUUGAUUCCGGAACUACUGUCCAUGUGUGUAAUGACCGACAACAAUUCAAGAGUUAUGAACUAGUGGCAAACUGUGAAGUGCUUAUGGGCAAUUAUCAAUCGGUUAAGGUGCUCGGUCAAGGGACGAUGGAACUCAACUUCACAUCUAGGAAGAAAUUGAAUUUGACAAAUGUGUUGCAAGCUCCCGAUGUGAGAAAGAAUUUAGUGUCCGCAAGUAUUCUGUGUAAUAAGGGGUUCAAGAUUAUCUUGGAAUCCGAUAAGUUUGUCUUACUUAAGGGUGAUAUAUAUAUAGGAAAAUGA